AUGCACUCAAACUUAUUUAAACUGGACUUUUAUAAUUAUGUAAAAUAUUUUUUACGAGGAAGCCGAAUCUUUGAAGAUUUCUAGAUCCGAUGUAAAUCAAUUGAUACCCUCUUUAGAGUCAGCCUCUUAUGGCUUGCUACUUUAAGGAAAGUAUUUGCCAAACUUACUUCAUCAAUUAUUACAUCAGAUUACUUAUUAGGGGUUCUAUUUGAUAAAAUAUAAGUUCCAAAUUUGAAUGAAGGAUAGAUCGGUGUGGUGUGCUGCUAAAGUUAGUGAA